CUAAAGUGAAUUUUUCAAGUGACCAUCUCAAUCCCUCCGUCCCUCAAUGACCAUCCAUCAUCACCCGUGAUGAACGCCGAGGCCGGAUUUGAGGACGGGGCGCCCGUCUUGACUGUGCCACAUUAUCACUGGGGCAGUUGCAUGGUUUGCCACACCCCAGCCACGCCUAGUCAACCCCUGAAACGUUGCUCUCGUUGUCACAGCAUGUUUUAUUGUAGUGCGGCUCAUCAAAAGGCCCACUGGAAGCAGCACAAACGAUUGUGCAGCUAUUUGAGCUCAGCCGCCGAUGCGGUUGGGUCCGAGUUGUUUUUUGCGGCUGGAGAGGCUACGGAUACCGAAGAUGAUCCCAAACGAAAUUGGUCAACCUUCAAGUUGAAUGCGGCCAUGAUGGCGGAUAUCAUCUUGGGUGACUUGGAGGUGUGGGAGAAAGAAAUGUUCCUCUUUCCGAGGGCGUGUCGGGUAUGUCAUCUGGCGCAUGUGGCGGAGAUGUACGAUUGUUUCAACUGCUUGGGCGUGACCUAUUGCUCGGAGCAACAUCGGAGUCAAGACCAAGAGCACCAUGCCUCUCUCUGUCCAGAGUUGUUGUACAACAUGAUCUGCGAUCAAUAUGAAAGCAGUAUUGGCAUUCCAGCCCCGCCCAUUCCUCACAACCUCAAGCUCAAAUAUGAACCACUCCAUCCCAAUGGGUGGCAUCAAAUCCAACGAGACUUCAAGAAAACGAAGAUGGUCGAAAUGACUGCACUGCCUCCGACGGAGCAAAUCCGCAUGCGGUUUUUGACCGAUCGCCUGAGUGGACCCAUGACUUUGCUCUAUGGCAUGGAAAAAACAUCAGUGAGAGGUGGUAAGACACUCCCCGAUGUUGAGGAGCUGACCAUUCAUAUUGUGGGAUCGAACGUGGUGGAAAUGGUGGGCAUCAUCCGAUGGGAAUACGUCCUUCAUCAAGUGCCGAAAUGCUCUCGCCUUCACGUUAUCUUCAUUGGACCUGAAUUGGCCCCUGAAGAACCGGAGGGCAUCAUAGAGGAAUUGGGGGCCUGCGCCGAGUGUCAAGAUAUGGGUAGGGAAAUGAAUUACGAAAUCCGACGCAGCCUUUACAAAGACUAUUGCGAAUCUCAUGACUACACUCUCCCGGAUCUGGUGGCCGUGUUCAAUUGUGGCUUUCAUGAGAAUGAGUCCAAUCCUGGUCAGGAGACGUGGAAAGAUUCUCUACCGUUUCUUAUACAGCAUUGCUCUGUGCCACUGAUAUUCACGUCGUAUUGCCAAAGCGAGGCUGCCAAGGAUCUCGAAUCCAUGCAAAAGACCGGAAAGAACUUCGACACGGUUCUGUGCAAAGAGAUUAACCCCUUCCAAAGUUACCGACCGUUCAGAGAUCAUGAAUGCGAUAUGAAUCGUGAUGUGUUCUACACCAACCAGUAUCUUUCGAUCAUCAAAGCGUCCUGAAAAAGCGUCGUUUGAUAUAAAUAUAUUUCACCAUUUGACCAACGA